AUGGUUAUGGCUUCAGAGACCCAGUUUCAUGUUUUGGCUGUUGAUGAUAGUAUUGUUGACAGAAUGCUGAUUGAAAAGCUUCUUAAAACUUCUUCAUUUCAAGUUACUACAGUGGACUCAGCUACUAAGGCUUUAAAAUUUCUUGGUUUGGUUGAUGAUAUUGCUUCAGAAAUUCAUCAGGAAGUAGAAGUAAAUUUGAUCAUAACAGAUUAUUGUAUGCCAGGGAUGACAGGUUAUGAUCUACUCAGAAAAAUCAAGGAAUCCAAAUCUUUUAAGGACAUACCUGUUGUGAUUAUGUCUUCUGAGAAUGUCCCAUCUAGAAUAAAUAGGUGUAUGGAAGAGGGAGCUGAAGAAUUCUUCCUGAAACCAGUUAAACAAUCAGAUGUAAACAAGCUGAAACCUCAUUUGUUGAAAUCAAGAGUUAGUGAAGAGCAUGAAUAAGCAACAUUUAGUAUUUAAACUGGUUUAAAAUUAAACU